CUUUUCGCUUUAUGAUACCUGUGGCAGGUACUGUACAGGGUGUGUCAUGAAGGAGGGCGACAGGAGAGCACCCGUCCUCGCCCAAGGAAAAGACUUUGACCCUUGUGUUAGUCAACCACAGACUCACUGGGUACCUGAAGGGCUUAAAACUCAUGUGCUUUCCCAGAUGCAGUCUAAUGGCUCUUUGCCUUCUUGAAAGGGACCUCCAACUUUCCACCUCUGUCAAAUGAAGAGGAGACAUGCUCGACAGGGACAGAAUGUAAUAAACAGCCCUGCAACACUGUGAAGAUGCAGAAGGCCAAGUUUUAGAGAGGAAAUGCAUUACUUUGUUCUCACACACAACAUUGUGCCAAUAAGUAUUUGUCAUUGUAUUCGUUAGGUGUGGCAUCUCCAGAAUAACUACCUGCUGCAGUUGAAGCUUCAAACAGAUUGAAAAAGUUCCUUUGUGGGUAAAGAAAGGUCAUUUUGUGCUUCUGUGGAGCACAGGAACACGCAGCCUGCAAUACCUUGGCAAUUUCAUGUACCCACAAGGAAACAGAUGACUAUCCUCCAUCGCAAAGUGCUGGCUUGCAAGAUAACAAUAAUUUCAUUUAAAAAAAGUUACAGAGCUUUUUGCAACUUUCUACUGUAAUUAUUUGACAUGGAAAACAAGUUCAGUCUGGUCUUAACCAGGGGAAAACACAAACAUCUACUAAUAGAGAAGAAACAAAGUUUAAUUUGCUCAUGGAUCAGUGAAGUCCAAAAAUGUGCAUUCAUUUUGAGUGGACUCUGCCCUUUCUCGGCAUUUAAGAUUCAGGAGUGAGGGCCAGUGGAGCUUAGAGAGGAAGACAGCCCUCACAAUUUGUAUCCACUCCUGGCUUUACUGAAUGCUGCCCCAGUAAUAAAAAACCCAGAAGCUGAAUACAUCAAUAAAUAAAUAAGGCUUUUUUAAGAGGUGACAUGAACCUUGAAGAGUAUUUUGCAAGAACUGGCUAUAAAGGUUCCCUUGAAAAACAAGAUUUGGAAACCUUAACCGAUAUAUUCCAGCACCACAUCCGUGCUGUUCCCUUCGAAAACCUCAGCAUCCAUUGCGGGGAGAAAAUUACUUUGGAGUUCGAGCACGUUUAUAACAAAAUCGUGCGGAGGAAGCGGGGUGGCUGGUGCAUGGAAAACAACCAGCUGUUGGGUUGGGUCCUGAAACGCCUGGGGUACGACACCAGCUUUCUGGGAGCGUAUGUGUUCAAUCCACAUCAAAACGCGUAUGCUACCAUCAUGACCCACCUCCUUGUAAAGGUAGUUAUUGAUGGCAAAGCCUAUAUUGUUGAUGGAGGCUUUGGUGUAUCCUAUCAGAUGUGGCAACCGAUGGAGCUUGUGUCGGGGAAAGACCAGCCCCAGGCUCCCGGUGUCUUUCGCUUCACGGAAAAAAAUGCCAUCUGGUACCUUGAGAAAAUGAGACGGAAACAAUACAUUCCCAAUCAAAAUUUCUCUAAUUCUGAUCUUCUGGAGAAAAAAGAGUGUCGGAAAGUUUAUAUGUUCAAUCUGGAGCCACGGACAGUGGAAGAGUUCCGUUUCCAGUGCACGUACCUUCAGACAUCUCCAGAUUCCCUCUUUACAAAGAAGUCCAUCUGCACCCUCCAGACCACUGAUGGCUUUCGAGCACUAAUUGGGUGGACACUCACUGAGACCACAUACAACUACAAGGAAAAUAUGGAUUUGGUGGAAUUCAUAACUCUUGAAGAUGAAGAGGUGGAAAAAACACUCAAAGAGAAAUUCAACAUAACCCUAGAUAGAAAACUUGUCCCAAUUAACGUCAAAGGAUUUUAUACAAUCUAGAUGACCAGAAAAACCUACAAUAAUGCUACAUAUGUACAGUACCUUCCACUGUCUGCACAAUCACUACUGUAAGAUUAUGGGAUUCUCUUGCAGGCGACUGAAGGAAAAGUACAUUAAUACCAGAUUAAAGUGAAAUUCACUCUGGGAAAAAUCAGGAAUUUAAGACUCUUCUGUCAGGUAGAAUUAUUUGCUGUGAGAUGACUGCAGUUCAAUUUUUGGCACAAAUGUAGGAUCUGAUUUGAAUCUGGUUAUAAACUUGGGUAAUAAAUAUGUCUGGGAAAUUUUGGAGUGCCUAUAGCACACAAAUAGGAGUAUGGAUUAUUAAUUGUGAUAUGCUGCCAACACAUUUUCUAUGGUUAUUAUAGGAAGAAAAGUCACAUAUGAGCAUUUAGACAAUGAAGUGAACAUUUAGAACUUCAUUUUUCACAAGAUCUAACCACUUGCAGCUCAUCUCAUUUCUCUACCUUUAAUGUAAGUAAAACAAUGUCACCUUUGAAAGGAGCAUUAGGAGGCAUAAUUCUCCCAGUGUCAUCCUUAGACAAAACAUAGUACAAAAUGAAAAUUAUCAUCAUGUGCAUCCCUUUUGUCAUUGCUGCAGUAAACUGCCCAAAGUAAUUUUUGGUAUGUACGUUAUUUUCUGGUGAAGCAAGUUGUAUAUAUUGCACCAUUACUGUGGCUGAUGGGCUCUAAGGAGACACCUACAAGCUUUGCUUCUGGUAAGUAAUCAUCCUAUAAAGGGUGAAUGGUGCUUAAAUGUCACAACUGGCUUAGAUUUACUUGUAUCUCAAAAGGGGUGGAAAUUUUAUAUUUUUAGCAUUGCAAGUAUAACAAAGGUAGAACAAUGAAGCUAAUCCCACUAUACCCUUAAUAUUGCCCUCUUUGUAUAUAGCAAAUACGGGAGUCCAUAUGGCUGUCCUGAACGAGUACCACUUAGCACAGGAGCUUUAGUGUCACAAAUGAGUUCAUUCAUCUGUAUCAAA